AUGAGACUUGCCACAAUCUCUGCUUUCCCCCUCUUCAAUCCACUGCUCAAAUAUCUCACUACUGCCAAAUGGACUGAAUCCGAUCUUCACUCUCACCCUGAACCAUUGGUAUGGGUCAAACAACCCUGGUUCCAAGCUCUUUUAGAUGAACUUCCGCAGGGUAGAUUACCUCAGAUGCGAACCCCGGAUGUAUUCCUUGAAGAGUGUAAUAUGAGUUAG